AUGGUCCGAGGGCAGGGAGGGGUCAUCAACGGCAGCCCAGUAUUACGAGGAUACGGACAAGAGCCGCCGGAGAGGAUGGAGGUGCAUAGGGGCGGUGUCCAGAAACAAGGACAGGGCAAUUGGCUACAUCGGGGCGGCUCGCUGAUCUUUGAAUUUGCUGCUUUAGCUCCAGACUACCGGCUUCGAAGUAUCCUUGCUGAUGAGGAUCCCAGCGCCCGAUUCCCCAACCAGAACCAGACCAAGCACUGCUGGCAGAACUUUGUUGACUACCACAAGUGUGUCAACGCCAAGGGCGAGGAGUUUGCUCCUUGCCAGCAGUUCAAGAAGGCUUACAGGGCCCUUUGCCCCAACGAGUGGGUCGGCAAGUGGGACGAGCAAAUUGAGGCCGGUACCUUCCCCGCCUCUCUCAAGCCUUAA